AUGCCGUACCCCGAGGAAGCUGAAGGAUUCCAGGUCGACAGCCCGGAUACUUAUACCGACUUCAAAAAGCGCUUUUUCAAGUUGAAACCGUUCGGCGACUAUGAUGUCGAUGUCAAGAUAGAAGCGUGCGGUGUGUGUGGUAGCGAUGUACACACCAUAAGCGGUGGCUGGGGAUCCCAGAAAUUCCCCCUCUGCGUCGGACAUGGUACGAUUCCCCAGAGUCGAGCAAUGGAUGAGACUAACAGACCAGAAAUCAUCGGCCGUGCCGUCCGCGUUGGCCCCAAGGUGACUCUGAUCAAAGAAGGCGAGCGUGUCGGCGUUGGCGCCCAAUCGUAUUCCUGCGGCGAGUGCAAACAGUGUAAGAACGAUAACGAGACAUACUGUCCAGUGCUCAUGAUCGACACGUACGGUGCUGAGUGGCCCGACACUGGAAUUGUCAGCCAGGGCGGGUACUCGUCGCAUGUCCGCACCCACGAGCACUGGGUGUUUCCCAUCCCCGACGCCCUGGAAUCAAACCUUGUCGCGCCGAUGCUGUGCGCCGGACUCACUGCGUACUCACCUCUGGUCCGUAAUGGCGCUGGACCCGGCAAGAAGGUCGGUAUUGUUGGUCUCGGUGGAAUCGGACAUUUUGGUAUCAUGUUCGCCAAAGCCCUGGGCGCGGAGACUUGGGCAAUCUCGCGAUCGCGGGCCAAGGAAGCAGAUGCACGAAAACUGGGAGCCGACGGCUACAUUGCUACCGCGGAGGAGGGCUGGGAGAAGCCUCAUCUUUGCUCCUUUGACUUGAUCAUCAAUUGUGCAAACUCAUCCGAGGGCUUUGACCUGGAAAAGUACCUCUCCAUGAUGGAUGUCCACGGCAGAUGGAUUAGCGUAGGGCUGCCGGAAGAGGAGGGACAAGUGAUCAAAGCGCAGAAUCUAAUUUCCAAUGGUGUGUUGAUCGGCGCCAGUCACCUUGGAAGUCGCCGUGAGAUGUUGGCGAUGCUGCAGCUUGCGGCUGAAAAGGGGCUGAAGGGCUGGGUGGAAGAAUUGCAAAUCGGCCCCGAAGGGCUGCGAGAAGCAAUGGAGCGGAUGAAGAAGGGAGACGUGCACUACCGCUUCACAAUGACGGGAUAUGACAAGGUCUUUGCAUAG